ACGAUUCGAGUUAGUUCGUAUUUUGUAUUGUAUUGUUUUAUCAGUGGACGGACGUAUUUGCGAUGUGGGACGUUAAAGACAAAACGUUUGUUAUUACGGGAGGUGCUUCCGGACUUGGUGCGGGAUACGCAAAGGCUUGCCUAGAACAUGGAGCCAAGAAUGUAGCCAUCCUAGACAUAGCCGAAAAGCUGGGCAACGCGACAACUGAACAACUGAACGAGACUUAUGGCACUAAUAAGGUGAUAUUCGUGAAAUGUGACGUCAGCAAGGAGGAGGACAUCGUAAGCGCGUGGGACGCCGUGCUCGCUCAGUUCAAGCAGAUUGACAUCAUCAUCAACAAUGCUGGCAUCAUGGUGGAUGCUCCUAACAUUUGGAGAACUGCUUCUGAUGUUAAUUGGCAAGGAUUAGUCUCCUUCACCUUAAAAGGCGUCAGCCACAUGAGGAAGGACGAGGGUGGAGCCGGUGGUACUAUUUUGAACAUCGCUUCGACUUUGGGCAUAACAAAGAUGCCCUUUUUGCCAAUUUACUGCGGUUCCAAAAUGGCUGUUCUACAUUUCAGUCAAUGUUUAGCGAUGGAUCCGUUCUAUGAAAAUACCGGUGUUAGAGUUCUGACAAUGUGCUUAGGAUGUACCGACACACCGUUAAUAGACAAUUUAGAGACUAGGUCUUGGGAUCCGAAACUUGCAGACGAUUUCGUCACCAACAUAGCUAACAACUAUAUACGGCAAAAAAGGGAAUCAGCCGUCGCAGCCCUAAUUAAGAUGUUGACAACUGGUAACCCUGGCUCUAUCUGGCUGACUCUUGACGACAAACCGGCUCGGGACAUCACAUCAGUCAUUGACAACGCUUAUAAAGAAUUUGAGAAAGUUAUGGCAGAAUCGGACGGACGUAUCAUUGCGAUGUGGGACGUUAAAGAUAAAACGUUUGUAAUUACGGGAGGUGCUUCCGGACUUGGAGCGGACUAUGCGAAGGCUUGUUUGGGACAUGGAGCUAAGAAUGUAGCCAUCCUAGAUAUAGCCGAAAACUUAGGCAACGCGACAGCUGAACAACUGAACGAGAAUUAUGGCACAAAUAAGGUGAUAUUUGUGAAAUGUGACGUGAGCAAGGAGGAGGAUAUCGUGAGCGCGUGGGACGCCGUGCUCGCUCAGUUCAAGCAGAUUGACGUCAUCAUCAACAAUGCUGGCAUCAUGGUGGACGCUCCUAACACGUGGAGAACUGCUACCACAGUUAAUUGGCAAGGAUUGGUCUGUUUUACCUUAAAAGGCGUCAGCCACAUGAGGAAGGACGAGGGUGGAGCCGGUGGGACUAUUUUGAACGUCGCUUCGAUUUUAGGUUUAACAAAAUUGGCUUAUUUACCAAUAUAUUGUGGCGCUAAAAUGGCUGUUGUGCACUUCAGUCAAUGCUUAGCGAUGAAACCAUUCUAUGAAAACACUGGUAUAAGAGUGCUGACAAUGUGUUUGGGAUCCACUGACACACCGUUAGCGCAUAAUUUAGAAACAAAGUCUUGGGACCCGAAACUUGGAAACGAGAUGGUUGUCACAAUUACAAAUAAGUUUAUAUGUCAAAAAAGGGAAUCAGCAGUCAAUGCCUUCAUUAAAAUGUUAACAGAUGGUAAUCCAGGAUCUACUUGGUUGAGUAUUGACGACAAACCGGCUCGAGACAUUACAUCUGCAAUUGACAAAGCAUUUGAAGAAUUUGAGAGAGUUAUGUCAGAAUAA